AUGGCCAAAAGUGGACAGGCCCUGCCACAGGGCAGCCCAACACUAGUCCAGGAUCCCCACUUCAUCAAGGUGACAGUGAAGACGCCCAAGGACAAAGAAGAUUUCUCAGUUACAGACACUUGCACCAUCCAGCAGCUGAAGGAAGAGGUAUCUCAGCGUUUUAAGGCUCACCCUGAUCAGCUGGUCCUAAUCUUUGCUGGCAAAAUCCUCAAAGACCCUGACUCAUUGGCACAGUGUGGAGUGCGAGAUGGCCUCACUGUUCACUUGGUCAUCAAGAUGCAGCGUCGUACCACGGGCACUGAGUGCCCAGCUGCUUCAGCUCCGACCCCAGCCCCAAGCCCUGGAGUUCUCCCUCAGCCAAGCUCUGUUUAUCCAGCAGAUGGGCCACCCACCUUUAGCUUAGGUGUCCUCACAGGCCUCAGUGGGCUGGGUCUGACCUCUGGUAGUUUCUCUGACCAGCCAAGCUCACUGAUGUGGCAGCAUGCAUCUGUGCCUGAGUUUUUGGCUCAGAUUGUUGAUGACCUCUUCAUCCAAGGCCUGCUGUCCAACACAGGCCUGGUACACCAGCUGGUUCUUGACAACCCCCAUAUACAGCAGCUGAUCCAGCACAACCCUGAGAUUGGGCAUAUUCUCAACAACCCUGAAAUCAUGCGGCAGACACUGGAGUUUCUACGCAACCCUGCCAUGAUGCAAGAGAUGAUGCGUAGCCAAGACCGGGCACUCAGUAACUUGGAGAGUAUCCCAGGUGGCUACAAUGUGCUUCGGACCAUGUACACAGAUAUUAUGGACCCAAUGCUUAAUGCAGUACAGGAGCAGUUUGGUGGCAAUCCUUUUGCUGCUACCACUACUGCUAAUGCUACCACCAACAGCAGCCAACCUUCAAGGACGGAGAAUUGUGACCCUCUUCCCAACCCCUGGGCUUCCCCAUGUGGAGGCUCAGGUGGCAGGCAAGGCAGACAACCUGGGGAGCAAGAUGUAUCAGAAAUUAGAAAUAGGGUUGCCAACAUUCUGGGUAAUAUAAGGCUCUAUGACUAUCUCCAAUUACAUGAGACUCCCCAGUCCCUGGAAACCUACUUGCAGGGGACUGCUUCCACCCUCAGCCCAAGCCAAGAAGCACAUCCACCAGGAAACCAAGUGCCCCCAACUUCACCCUCAUCCCAGAAAUCUGAGGGAUCAGUAGCAAUCAAAGGAAUACCUCCCUGCCCAGGGUUGCUGAAAUACCCCACAGAGAACAGUACUGGACAAAAUGGAGGCCAAAAGAGUAUGACAGGGAAUGGCUUCACUGGUCACAGCACCAGCAUGCCUGAUCUUGUCUUGGGGCUGGGAAGUGCUGCCAGGACCCCAUUUGUUUCUUCACCACCAUCCCCGAUGGUGGCUACCCCUGGGAUUUCUGAGCAUGCCUGGCUGCCACCGUUAGCUUACCCAAGACCCCUGAGACCAGCCAGCAUGAAUCAGGCCCCACAGUUGCAGGAUGAGACGCACCGGCAGCUGCCACUGCUGCUGUACCUUCAGGCAGCCAUGGCAAACCCUCGUGCCCUGCGUGCUCUACUGCAGAUAGAGCAAGGUCUGCAGGUCCUGGCUACUGAAGCACCCCAUCUCCUGCUCUGGCCCACGCCUUGCCUAGUAGGAUUUGGAAAUACGGCAGGAGGUACAGAGCCUAGAGAGGAUGCCCUUGCACCUGAGGAUCUUCCCCCAGCCCCAGCUCCUGCGGUUUCCGCAGCACAGGGCUCUGUGGAAUUCGGCCUCCAUUCCACUCCCUUCCUCCAGAUACUGCAAGCCCUAGCUAGUGCCAACUCCCAGCAGCCUGAGACACACUUCCAGGUGCAGCUAGAACGGCUGCGGGCCAUGGGAUUUUUGAACCCUGAAGCCAAUCUCCAGGCCCUCAUUGCCACAGGGGGCGAUGUGGAUGCUGCAGUGGAGAGGCUGAGGCAGUCGUAG